AGAUUUUUGGAAAUUAUUAUUAUUAUAUGUUUAAUAAUUAAACUUGCAGAUAACGUUAAGGCCACUAUUUUGACUGACGGACACAUUGAGCAGCUUCCCAGCGGUAAUAAACGUCUCAGUUUGCAUCGCCUUAAUGCAAAUGUCAGCGUUGGCAGCGCUCGCGUCUUGGCCAAUGGCAUCUUCUCCGACCGCAAUCUGAAUGCUAUGAUACUGAAUUUGGUCAAUGAGAAUUUGCCGGAAAUUACACGUGUUGGAAUUCCCGCCACCCGUGAACAAUGGGCGCCCAUUUUGGUGGCGCACAUCAACGAAUUCUUCGCCCCAGUUCCUAUAGAGAAACUUCUCCUUCAGUAAUAUGCGCUCAAAGCCUAACAUUUAUUUGCAUUUUAUGGAUAGUUAGUUAUUAAUUAUUAUAUACGAAUUAUCAAUUAUUAUUAAUGCUGCUUCCAAAUAGUUAACCUGCUUCACAAACUAUCACUUCAACAAAGCAAAAGCAAAAAGAAAAUGAAAUUUAUAUUUAUUUAUGUAAUUCACUCAGAGAGCAUCUUGAUGUUAAAGUAUUUCAAAAUUAUUAAAUUUGAUUAAUUCA